AUGAUAAAGAGAAGAUUACUUUCUUCGCUGCUCUCAUCAACCUCGCUCUCAACUCCCAAAACCACCUCAAUUUCAACAUUCACUCAAAUUCAACCCAUCAAAGACUCAAACUUUAACAAUUAUAUUGCUAAUGGGGCAUCUGGGUUUAUGGGUAUUAGGGCUUAUAGUUUGUUGAGUUUGAAUGAUUUGAGAGACAAUGUGCCAAGGAAGCAGAAGAUAAGAAAAGGUCGUGGUAUUGGGUCUGGUAAAGGAAAGACAGCAGGGAGAGGUCAUAAAGGACAGAAAGCUAGGGGGACUUUUAAGUUUGGUUUUGAAGGUGGACAGACUCCAAUGCGGAGGCGUUUGCCCAAAAGGGGGUUUAAGAAUCCCUUCAGUCUCACUUUUCAGCCUGUAGGGUUGGGAAAAAUUGCAAAACUUAUCAAUGCAGGGAAGAUAGAUUCCCAUGAAUUAAUCACAAUGAAAACCCUCAAGGAAACUGGGGCCAUUGGGAAGCAGAUAAAAGAUGGAGUAAGACUGAUGGGACGUGGUUUGGAGAAGAUCCAAUGGCCUAUCCAUCUGGAGGUGUCAAGAGUGACCGUUAGAGCAAAGGAAGCAGUUGAAGCUGCUGGUGGAUCUGUCAGACGAGUGCAUUACAACCAGUUGGGUUUGCGGGCAUUGCUUAAGCCUGAGUGGUUUGAAAAGAAGGGCAGGUUGUUGCCAAAGGCUGCCAGGCCUCCACCAAAGCUGAAAGAUAAAGUUGAUAGCAUUGGUCGCUUGCCUGCCCCGACCAAACCUAUUCCUUUUUAUACUGAAGAAAGGGAGGUGGCCUCUGCUCCUGCCUAG